GAGCACAUUACAUAAUGUUACACCAUAGUUGACAAACGGUACACUAUGGGAUUAUUACAAGUUCUUCUAAUGNUAAGUACAAUACCUUUUGUGGACUCACAGGUUGCGACAACGCCGGAAGCUACAACCAUUGGUCCUGCAGCCUUCACUUUCUGCCCAAAUCCCGUCUCAGUAAGUAUAACCAGUAACCGAGCAACCAAGGAGGCAAACUGGCAAGAACCUGAGGCUGAGAAUGCGAUGGACAUCCAAUCAACUCACCAGUCUGGUGAUGAGUUUCCAAUUGGUCAAACAACAGUUGUAUACACGGCAGUCGGAUUUGAGGGGUCAUCUGUGGAAUGCAUAUUCAAUGUAAUUGUUUCAGAUGACGAACCACCACACUUCAUCGAUUGUGAUAUUACUAUUGAAGUAGAGUUAUCUGGGAAUGACCAUACAUCAGCUGUUACCUGGACACCACCAACAGCGAUCGAUAACUCGGACUUAAAUGUCCAAUUAGCGACAGAGUCGGCCAGGGCUCCAGGUGAUGUGUUUCAGUAUGGCAGCACCAAAGUGACAUACUACGCGACCGAUGACGCUUGCAACGAAGGCUCUUGCGUUAUUACCAUCGUUUUAAGCAAGUCAAGUUUUAAUUUGGUAAGACCGGAUUUCGACAAUUGUCCUGACGAUAUUGAAGUGACUUUCGAAGACGCAUUGUCUACUACAGUCGCUGUGUCGUGGACACCUCCUACCUGCACCGCAGACUUUGCGAGUGGUGUCCCUGAAGUGUCGUCAAAUUUUGACCCUGGGGAUUCGUUCUCGUUGGGGAUAACAAUGGUAGAAUAUGUAGCUUCAGUUCAGAACUGGUUGUCUGGAGCAACUUGGGAUCUCUGCGCAUUUACUGUCCGCGUGCUUGACCGUUAUCCACCUGAGCUAAUUGAAAAGGUAGACCCAGAUCCAGUGCCGACAAUUCAAGGCCUACCAACCGCAACUGUGACUUGGCAAUUACCUGUUUUUGAGGAUCAGAGCGCUUUUACUGUGUCCACUUCCUACCCAAUACCAACUGGAGAAUUUCAAAUUGGUACAACAAACAUUUGGUACACUGCAAGCGAUGGUGACUGCAACAAUGUUAAAACUACAACCAACAUCGUAAUCACCGUAUACGAUUGGGAAGACCCAAUCAUCUCUUCCUGUCCAGAAAACAAGACAAGAGAAGCAGCAUCUGGCAAAGCCGGUAAAUCUGUAACCUGGAAUACACCAGAUAUAUUCGACAACAGUGGAAGUUACAGCGUGUCAUGGAGUACAAACCCUGGGUCAUUUUUGAACAUUGGUCUGACGGCAGUGAAACUUACAGCCUCUGAUAACUCAGGAAAUGAAGACGAAUGCUACUUUUAUAUUAAAAUUUAUGAUUACGAACCACCUACCAUGGUUUGCCCCACCGUAACGGUAUCAACUUCCGCAGGCGUAUCAUGGGGCAUCGCGCCAUUUGAUGACCUCAGCAUAACAGACAAUAGCAUGCAACCUGUGGAUAUUGAAUCUUCUCAUAAUUCUGGUGACGUCUUUCAACUAGGCUCAACAUCUGUGCAUUUUAACGGAACUGAUCCUUCUGGAAACUUUGCCAGUUGCACGUUUGAAGUCAAUGUUAUAGAUACCGAAGCCCCAGUACUUACUGGAUGUCCAUCAAGUGUAGAAGAAGCGGCUGAUCCUGGUGAGAGAACGCAUACUGUUAGUUGGACCCCGCCGUCCGCCACAGAUAAUACCGACCCAAAUCCCCAAAUAUUCCUAGCCAGUGAUAUGGAGUCUGGGUCAGCUUUCGUUAUCGGUAAUAAUCAAGUGAGGUAUACAGCAACAGAUACCUAUGAUAACGAAGGUGUAUGUACGUUUGUUGUCACUAUUUAUGACGAUCAGCCACCGAUUAUAUCGAAUUGUCCGCAUGACGUAACGUUGCCGACAGACUAUCGGAUGCCUACGGCAGUAACGACGUGGGGUGAUGCCGACUUGUUUGACAAUAGUCUUGGGAACAUUGACUCUUGGUGGAAUAUUCCAAAGGGCUCAGCAUUCGUGAUUGGCUCAACCCGCGUAUUCUUGACGGCGAGGGAUGAGUCAGGGAAUGAGGCAACUUGUGACUUUUACAUCAACGUAUACGAUAACGAGGCACCAGUGUUAACAUGUCCACAUGUAACAGCACCGAAUGAUUUCCGUUUACCAUCUGCUGUUGUAGAAUGGUCAGAUCCACAUGCCGCCGACAACAGUGGUCUUGCAGUUUCGCUAACGGCUUCUAUUCCGUCCGGGUCGGUGUUCCCACUUGGAACGACCGUAGUCCAUUACAAUGGGACUGACACGUUUGACAACGUUGAGAAUUGCUCAUUUGUAGUGACAGUGGAAGAUGCUGAAUCUCCAUUCUUCACCUACUGCCCCGAUGACAUAUCAAACAAUUCAGAUCCAGGGGAGCGAACCCAUUCUGUUGUAUGGCAGGUUCCAAUAGCCGAAGAUAAUAGCGGGAAUCAACCACACGUGGUAUCAAAUUUCAAUCCUGGAGAUUAUUUUAUCAUCGGCGUUACAACAGUAUUUUUUUUUUUGUUUAUAUUCACAGAUGAUGAACCGCCUGUGUUAACCUGUCCAGAUUUAACAGUAACAAACGAUUUCCGUUUACCGUCUGCCGUUGUAGAGUGGUCAAAUCCAGGUGCUAUCGACAACAAUGGUCAUGGAGUUUCACUAGUACCUUCUAUUCCCUCAGGUUCAGCGUUUCUUAUUGGAACAACUGUAGUCUCUUACAAUGGAACGGACACGUUUGGCAACAUUGGAAACUGCUCAUUUGUUGUAACUGUAGAAGAUGAUGAGUCUCCAUUUUUCACCUACUGUCCUGAUGACAUAUCUAACAGUUCAGAUCCAGGGGAAAGAACCCAUUCUGUCGUAUGGCGUGUUCCGAUAGCCGAAGAUAAUAGCGGAAAUCAACCUCACAUCGUAUCAAACUUCAAUCCUGGUGAUUAUUUUAGCCUUGGAGUUACAACAGUAGUGUACAAAGCGACAGAUGACGACAAAAACCCAAAUGGAACCUGUUCGUUCCUUAUUGAAAUAAUUGAUUAUGAACCACCAGUUAUAUCGAAUUGUCCGGAUAACAUAUCACUGCCGACAGAUCACCGUAUGCCUACGCGAGAGACGACGUGGAAUGACGUUGUGCUGUUUGAUAACAGUCUCGGUGUUAUUACUUCUUGGUGGAACAUUGUUAACGGCUCAAUAUUCCUGAUUGGUUCAACGCGCGUAUUCUUGACAGCGAGAGAUGAGUCAGGAAAUGACGGGAUCUGCGAGUUUUACAUUCACAUUUAUGAUGACGAACAACCUGUGUUAACUUGCUCAGAUUUAACAUCACCGAACGAUUACCGUUUACCGUCUGCCAUUGUAGAGUGGUCAGAUCCAGGUGCUGUCGACAAUAAUGGUCUUACAGUUUCAUUAGUUCCUUCUAUUCCGUCAGGUUCAGCGUUUCUCAUUGGAACAACUGUAGUUUAUUAUAAUGGAACCGACACGUUUGGCAAUAUUGGAACCUGCUCAUUUGUGGUAACUGUAGAAGAUGAUGAGUCUCCAUUUUUCACUUACUGCCCUGAUGACAUAUCUAACAGUUCAGAUCCAGGGGAAAGAACUCAUUCAGUCGUAUGGCGGGUUCCAAUAGCCGAAGAUAAUAGCGGAAAUCAACCUCACAUCGUAUCAAGCUUCAAUCCUGGAGAUUAUUUUAGCCUUGGAGUUACAACAGUAGUGUACAAAGCGACAGACGACGAGAGAAACCCAAACGAUACUUGUGUCUUCCUUAUUGAAAUUAUUGAUUAUGAGCCGCCAAUUAUUUUUGACUGUCCGGAUAACAUAUCACUGCCGACAGAUCAUCGUAUGCCUACGCGAGAGACGACGUGGAAUGACGUUGUGUUGUUUGAUAAUAGUCUUGGUGAUAUUACUUCUUGGUGGAAUAUUGUUAACGGUUCAGAAUUCGUGAUUGGCUCAACACUCGUAUUCUUGACAGCGAGAGAUGAGUCAGGGAAUGACGGAAUUUGCGAGUUUCACAUCCAUAUUUACGACCAAGAGGUGCCUCAGUUUACCUACUGUCCUCCAGAUAUCUACCUGAGUGCUCUAGAGGGUGACUUUGAUGCAGAAGCCGUUUGGAAUGUAUCCACAGCAAUUGAUAAUUCCGGAAUAUUACCCACAAUUGAAGGAACAAACCAGCCAUCUGAUAGGUUCCAUAUUGGUCUUUCCUAUGUGACGUAUAAUGCUACAGACGAAUUUUCCAAUUGGAAUACAUGUACCUUUAAAAUAUAUGUAUUUGACGAUGAGUCCCCACAUUUCAUUACUUGUCCAGCCGACAUUAUCGUCAGCAACGAGUUUCGGCGGGACGGAGCAAUUGUGGAUUGGACAGAACCGAUCGUCUACGAUAAUUCUCUCAAAGAUCUGAUCGUCACAUCGUCGCUUAGUUCUGGAGAUUACUUUACAUUAGGUCGGACACUGGUCGAGUAUAUAGCAAUUGAUGACCAUAACAAUACGGCGUUCUGUUAUUUUAAUGUUACUAUAAAUGAUAAUGAGAAACCGACAUUUCAAAAUUGUCUGACGAAUUUCACCCAAAGUUCUGACCACCGACUGCCGUCUGCUAUUGUUUUUUGGGUCCCACCAACCUCCGAAGACAACUCUGGUGAAGAGCCGAAUGUAACGUCCAACCACAAUCCUGGAGACAUAUUCCUGAUCGGAACACAUGAAAUUAUUUAUUGGUCGGUGGACUUAACGGGAAACCAGGAAAUCUGUUCUUUCUUUCUCCACGUAUUUGAUGAUGAAUCGCCAGAAUUUACGUUUUGUCCUUCAAAUAUUCUGCUAAACCCCAUGUAUUUCAUGCCAUCUGCUGUCGCCAAUUGGUCGCAACCAACUGCUGAGGACAACUCGUACACAGUCGAACACCUAGUAUCAAACUAUGAUUCUGGUGACGUAUUUCCUAUUGGGCAGACUACGGUCAUCUAUCGUGCUAUCGACGCAGCAAACAACUCUAAGAUUUGUUCUUUUAAUAUAACUGUAAUAGACAUAGCACCCCCUAUAUGGUACAAUUGCUCAGAAAACUUUGUUGUUACCACUGAUUUUCGAAGACCAGACGCAAAUGUUUCAUGGAUCGUGCCCACAGCAGUUGAUGACUCCGGAUACGACCCUGCUAUAGUGUCAAACCACAAUCCAGGAGACGUUCUAAAUUUAGGCGAAACUAACGUCACAUACACGGCUACAGAUCCUUUCCAAAACACAGCUGUGUGCACAAUCUCAAUCACAGUAAUUGACAUAGAGCCCCCAGUUUUUGUGAACUGUCCUAGAAGUUUUGUGUUCUUCAUUGAUGAUGCUACUGACAUCGGUUUCCCAAGUUGGGUGGUGCCCAAUGUGACAGACAACUCAGGCGCAACACCAAAUGUAAGCGCGUCACACCAACCUCUUGACGCGUUUCCAAUCAACACAACGUUUUUGAAUUACACAGCUACUGAUGGCGACAGCAACAUUGUAAUGUGUCAAUUCUCUAUCACGGUGCUACAUGCGUUUAACUACCUGCAGAAUUUGAAUUUUGCAAACUCGAGUUCUGAAGAUAUUCAAGAGAUACUCGAUGUAACGUUGACGGCCGUCACGAACUUAGAAGGACGAAGGAUGAUUGAGAAUGAGGAAGAAAUUUUGUUUUUUACAUUAGACGUCCUCCAGCAAGAUAAUAGAGCACAACGUGACGAAGAAACUUCAAAAAACGAAGUCAUUGUGAGUUAUUGA